AUGAUUGCCCACAAGACCGCCCGUGGUAAGGCUGCUCUUGAGCACCUCAAGGUCUUCGAGGGUAUCCCUCCCCCAUACGACCGCAAGAAGCGUGUUGUUGUUCCCCAAGCUCUCCGUGUCCUCAGACUCAAGCCUGGCAGAAAAUACACCACCAUCGGCAGAUUGAGUCACGAAGUUGGCUGGAAAUACCAAGACGUUGUCAGCCGUUUGGAAGAGAGAAGAAAGGUCAAGUCUGCUGCCUACUAUGCUAAGAAGGUUGCUCUCCAAAAGAAGGUCCAAGCUGCUCAAAAAUCUGUUGCCGACUCUGAGACUUCCAAGGCUCUCGCUGCUUUGGGUUACUAA